CUUCAAUGUCUUUAUAAACUAACAUAUGCUAUUGCAUUCUGGUGAUAGUCAUCGUUUGGUUAGCUAGUUGUGCUAGUGGCUUAUGUUUUAGUAAAUGGCGCUAAUUGUUCAAUAUUUUUAUAUCUAUUUUAGUUUUAUAUACUAGGUUUUAGCUUUCUUUUUUUUUUGUUGUUCGUGUGAUUACAUCGUAUUCGAUGGCUUACCUUUCAGUAUCUAACCUCUCCAUUACUUCUAACCCCAUCAUUCACUUGUGGUAACCUUUCAUUUAAAAUCUUUGACAAUGCCUUCGGAAUUGAAAAGUUUGUGGGCUCCUGCCCCUUCUACAAAGCUUUCUCAGCCAUGCAAACUGUCUACGAAUCGUAAUGGCGAUCGAAUUGCUUAUGCUACAAAUAAAGCAAUCAUACUGAGAAAUAUAUCUAAUCCAGAAGAAAGCUAUCAGUAUAAUGAACAUACUGCUCCUACUAGUGUCGCUAAAUUCAGCCCGUCCGGAUUUUACGUAGCGUCUGGUGAUGUUCAUGGAAAUGUGCGCGUCUGGGACUGCGUAGGUGAAGACAAAAUCCUAAAGAACAAUGUCGCAGCUAUUAGCGGGAGAAUAAACGACAUUGAUUGGGAUGGUGAUAGUCAAAGAAUCAUCGCAGUUGGUGAAGGGAAAGAAAGAUACGGUCAUGCUUUCACUGCGGAUUCAGGAAAUUCAGUUGGUGAAAUUUUUGGUCACUCGGCUAUUGUCAACAGCGUUGCCAUGCGAAAGCAGCGUCCGCUUCGUGCUGCUACGGCCUCUGAUGAUAGCUCUGUAAAUUUCUUUCACGGAGUUCCCUACCGAUAUAAUACCAGCAUUCGCUGUCACGAUAAAUACGUUUACGAUGUACGUUAUGCCCCUAAUGAUGAAAAGUUUGCUUCUGUUGGCGCAGAUGGAAAAGUCUUUUUAUUAGAUGGAAAAACAGGAGAAAAAAUUUUGGAAUUUAAUGCUCAUAAAGGCACCAUUUUUUCGUUAUCAUGGUCACCAGAUUCAAAGAAACUUGUAACUUCGUCUGCCGACCGAAGUGUAAAAGUUUGGAAUGCUGAUGACGGUUCUUUGAUUCGCGAGUGGUCUUCUAUGAAGGAGCAGCAAGUUGGUAACGUUUGGGCUUCAGAAGACUUAAUAAUAUCAGUUGAUGUGAAGGGCGUCUUGAUUUAUCUAAAUCCCACCAAGGAUGACCCUGAGCGAUUUGUCUACGGACACCAGCGUUCCAUCACAUCCUCUUUCCUUUGUCCAGACAGCAAGUCUUUGUACACUGCUUCUUACGAUGGAGUGGCUUUAGUCUGGGACAUAAAAACUCAAAAUGGUUCGUCCGUACAAGGUGUUUCCCACAGUAAUCAAGUCAUGGAUAUGACUAGACUUGGAGAUAAAGUCAUCUCUGUUGGAAUGGAUGAUACAUUGCGAACCGUAGACAUUAAAGCAAAUGCCUUCAUUUCGGAAAGCGUAUAUACCACUGGUUAUCAACCAGUUGGUGUAUGUGCUGUUGGCGAUUGUAUCGUUUUGGCUACCGUCUCAGACAUACAAGUACUCCGUGACUUAAAAUGUGUCUCCACAGCUAAAACAAUAUACCAACCAAGCUGUAUGGCUGCUCAUCCCUCAAAGCAAGAAUUUGCAGUUGGUGGAGAGGAUUCUUGUGUAUACGUUCAUUCUUUCGAGAAGGACGAACUUUGCGAAAUAGCCCAAUUAAAAAAUCAUACUUCGCCGGUUACUUCAAUGGUUUACUCUCAUGAUGGAAAAUACCUUGCCUGUGGUGAUGCUUCUGGUAAAGUCGUCCUUUAUGACGCUGAAACUCGACAAGUUAUCACUUCUCGCUGGGCUUUCCAUACCGGUCGAAUUUUGGGUAUGUCUUGGAACUCUAAUUCAACGCAUUUGGCAACCGCUUCUCUUGAUACAAAUGUUCACGUUUACUCGGUGGAACGUCCCAUGAAAUAUGUUGCUGUUAAAAAUGCCCAUGCUUUAGGUGCGACACAAGUUCACUGGUUGUCGGAAGACGAAAUAUUAAGUACAGGAAGCGAUGCAGCCAUCAAAACUUGGAAACUAUCUUUUUAAACCUUCCACGGUUGACUAGCGAAUUUUGACAACAAAUUUAUGAAAAAUUAGAUUAUCUUUGAAUGAAAUACAUCUUAUAAAAGUUGUUUAACAAU